GUCUCAAGCAUGACAACUCCCAACACCUCCAUAGACAUCGCUCUAGACGUCCCAGGCGGGGUCUGCUCGAUAACUUCACAGCCUCUGGACGUUCAGCAAAUAAUACAGUCCGUAGGGGACGACGCUGCGGGCGCUACCGCCGUCUUCAUUGGUACUACGCGAAAUUCAUUCAAAGGGAGAACCGUUACACGCCUUGAAUAUCAAGCUUAUUCAAAAUGGGCUAUCAAGACUAUGGCUAGUAUAAUUCAAGACAGCUCUCUCAUUCGUUGUGCCGUUUAUCAUCGGAUCGGUGUCGUUCCCAUUGGAGAACCCUCGAUAGUUAUCGCCGUCUCCUCUCCCCACCGUAAAGAAGCCUUCGUAGUAUGCGAGAAGAUCCUUGAACAAGUAAAGCAAAAAGCACAGAUUUGGAAACGAGAAUACUACGAGGGAAUGGAUGACAGCGAAACAGAGUGGGGAGCUAACGCAUAACAAGUACAGGAAACCAUCAAUCAUUAAUCUACCUUCAGCCAUUCUUUUUGGACCGU